UCCUUGAACGAAAGUCCCUAUUUACAUCCUAUCUUUAGCAAGGACAUCAGCCAUUUAGUCACCAGCCAUCUCACGGCGUCCACAAUGCCUGAAACUUUCCACUCAUUUGGCCGUCUCCCACCGGAGCUGAGGGAUAAGAUUUGGAAGCUUGCAAUUAGGCCUGGUGGCCCUGCUCGACGGGGUGCACACAUAUUCAGCAUUUAUGACGGAAGCGGAGACGACGUUGACAAGGCCGUCGUAGUAGCUGCCAGUUGCUUCAAGUUUCAUCACAAUUUUUCAACGUACCUUAUUGAUGGGGGCCUUUGGAACGCCUGUAAAGAGUCUCGACUUCUCAUCGAACGCGUUUUCGAUAGCAAAAAAUGGGAUGCAGUCCGGGAUAGACGUCUGCGGUCUCAUACUGGGAACCCAGUCCAGGUAAAGGGCGAGCAUCUAAUGCCGGCAACGGGCUAUUUUCGGGGUGACGACUCAACUGAUCGCUACUUCACCGUUGUACCAUACCGAGAUCUCUUUUGCCUCCAACCAGAAAUACUUGAUUACUUUAAUUGUGAAGAUAUCAGCAAACCGGAUGGCGUCGCUCUUGGAUCUACACGAUGGGGUUUCCAUGGCCUACAAAAUAUCGCCUUGGAGUAUGAUCCAGCAUGGGGAAUUACGGUAGAGAAAGCUGAUUUGGGAAUGAGACAUCGGUUGUCAAUUGUCGAGUCAAUCAUCCAACCCUUAUUCAAUGCAAAGGGCUUGUCAUAUGUCUGGUUAAUCGACUACAGGAUCAAGCGAAGACACUAUGUGCCAACCAAGGAAGAGACUACGGAACGGGAUCCCAUAAUCUUCUAUGGUAGCGAUCGUCGCUUUGUGGAAGUACUUGGAAACAAGUGGGAGACAGCCUUUGAAGACAAGGCCGAAAUUGACAGCAGCUGCGAUAAUUUCAUCCGUAUUAUGGAAGAGGCUAUAGAACAUCAGCUAGAUGUUAUAGAAGCCCGGCUGAUGUCGCAUGAGAGUUCAGCCGAUUGGAAUCGGGUCUCGCGCUUCUUGAAAAUACCCCAUCUUCGCGUCCUCGCUUGCGAGUACAUUUGAGCUGAAGGAGUGGGGCUUGAAUCCAAUAUACGUAUCAGUUUACAACUUAUCCCCCCUUGAGCUUGUGACUCUAUUAUGGAAUUAAACCUAGUUAAUUAAGAAAACUUUCCUUACUUGCUUACAUAAC